CCACACCUCGCCGCCGCUUCCUCCUUUUCUUCUUCUUCUUCUCCAUCCAAAACACACACACACACCAGCCCGCACACACGCACAGAUCUAAAACCCUCGAUCGACCGGAGCCGGAGGAAUCCCGAAGAGACCGCUCGCCCGGCGGCGAAGAUGCAGUACAAGAACCUGGGCCGGUCGGGGCUCCGGGUGAGCCAGCUGUCCUACGGCGCGUGGGUCACCUUCGGGAACCAGCUGGACGUCAAGGAGGCCAAGGCGCUCCUCCAGGCCUGCCGCGACGCCGGGGUCAACUUCUUCGACAACGCCGAGGUCUACGCUAACGGCCGCGCCGAGGAGAUCAUGGGCCAGGCCAUCCGGGACCUGGGCUGGCGCCGCGCCGACGUCGUCAUCUCCACCAAGCUCUUCUGGGGCGGCCAGGGACCCAACGACAAGGGCCUCUCACGCAAGCACAUCGUCGAGGGGCUCAAGGCCUCCCUCAAGCGGCUCGACAUGGAGUAUGUUGAUAUCGUCUACUGCCACCGCCCUGACGCUAGUACCCCCAUCGAGGAGACCGUGCGCGCCAUGAACUGGGUCAUUGACCAGGGUUGGGCCUUCUACUGGGGCACCUCCGAGUGGUCCGCGCAGCAGAUCACCGAGGCAUGGGGCGUCGCCAACCGCCUCGACCUCGUCGGACCCAUCGUCGAGCAGCCCGAGUACAACCUCUUCUCCCGACACAAGGUUGAAACGGAGUUUGUACCUCUUUACAGUACUUAUGGCAUUGGAUUGACUACAUGGAGUCCUCUAGCUUCAGGAGUUCUCACUGGAAAAUAUAGCAAAGGAAAUAUACCUGCUGAAAGUAGGUUUGCCCUGGACAAUUACAAGAACCUGGCUAACAGAUCUCUGGUUGAUGACACACUUAAAAAAGUGAAUGGGCUAAAGCCUAUUGCUUCUGAACUUGGUGUUUCAUUAGCUCAACUUGGCAUUGCCUGGUGUGCAUCGAACCCCAAUGUCUCCUCUGUGAUUACCGGAGCCACUAAAGAAAGCCAGAUCGUCGAGAACAUGAAGGCUCUUGAUGUCAUCCCCCUGCUGACCCCAGAGGUUCUGGACAAGAUCGAGGCGGUUGUCCAGAGCAAGCCAAAACGCACCGAGUCGUACAGAUGAAGCGGUUUUACCUGUGUGCAGAGUGUGUCGUGUGCCAGGGGUUUGGCAUUCACCUGGUGGAAUUUUUUAGCCAACUUUAUCUCCAGUACCGAAACUAUAUGCCUGGUUCUGCUGUGUAGUCUUCCAGUGUGUACUCUGUCCUGAAACAUUUCUCAAGUCACAGACACCAGUCUGUCUGCUCCGUGUGUAUUCUGCAUUUCUUGAUAGCAUCUUAUGUGAUUCCUGGAAUGUUCUGCUUGGGCGGUU